AUGGUGGUGCAGGAAGAUGAUGUGAAUCAAUUACCUUCAAGACAGUUAUAUGGAGAAUUCAGCGCGUCCGAUGAUUAUUGUGGGAAGAGAUCUACCAUAGCACAGAUGGAACCGCACCUGCAAAAUCCAAAUAAUGAACUAGGUAUCACAGUGGACGGUAUGGAACGGAUUGUUAAAGCUCUGUGUUCCGCAUAUAGGAAGAAAAUGAGUAAUUCAUCGAAUGAUGACUACUGCUAUGCGCUAUACUACUGGAUAGGAAGUACAAUAUUGAUUGAAACAAAGCACGUUGAACCUUUUCCACGCAUUAUGCAGGGCAUCUAUGAAAUACUGAAAGGCGCCGGAAUUGAAAAUGUGUGUACGGGUACAUUCCCCAACAUUAGAAAAGGCGUGUUCGAUCAAAGGAAAAGAGUUUUUGAUUACUACAAUAACUUUAAUACUAUAUGCUCGUACUUACAAAGUAAUAAGCUGCAGGGUGGGGGGAAUUAUUCAAGUUACCUAGCUGAAGUUGCUACUGUUUAUGAUGACGUAAAUAGAUAUUGUGCAAGUAAUGGGGAAGAUUCAUAUUGCACUGGACUCAAAGGAAUAUUCGAUGAUGGCAGGAAUCCGAAGGAGUUAAAUUCGAAAUGUGUACUAAUGCAUAAACCAGAAACCAUAUCGGAAGCAGCGGGGAGAGAGCAGAAAUUAUGUUUGGAUCAGUUACCAUCGAAUGAAAACUUUUAUAGUAAAUUUGAUAGUGGUAAGCACUCCUGUGCUGAUGGAACAGAGGCCACGGGAGUAAUAAGUGCGUUGGAAGGUAAAUUACAGGGCGGUGGAAGUAUAGGGAGUUAUGCCAGUACAAUUGUAGAUUCAUAUUGUUACGCAUGUACGGAGAGCAGGAAGAAGGACAGCACACCUGACGACAAACCUUGUCAUUUCUUCUACUAUUGGAUUGGGAAUUUCUUACCCAAGUAUGCGGAUGCUUCUACAAUUUCAGGGUUGAUUAGUAGUACUUACGCUGAAUUGACGCACCUGAAUCAAAAUGCUUGCCCCCAAAUAACCACCCCUAACCAUGUUGGUUGGACUCUCUUCCAACAAAGAAAACUUGUAUUCGACUACUAUAAUGACCAUGAAAAAAUACAGGAGCAGGUGCGGCAGCAGAAGUGUUUGGACGAUGAGAACUAUACCGAGCACAUACAGAACAUUACUACGGCAUGCAAAUCUGUAACAGUAGACUGCGGACCAGAGGGAGGACAACAGAAUAAUGAUCAAUAUUGUAGUUGGUUUAAUAGUAAAAAAGGAGAAAAUGAAGAUUACUGCAGUAAUAAGAAGUUAUCGGAGUUGAAAGCUGCAUUAUCACUUAAACCACAAGUUGUAAGCGAAACUGCGCAAGUUCACAUGAACCACGAUUCUCUUGAGGAACGGCAGCUUCAUGGAGUUCUUCAGCCACAUGAAGCAAGUACCCCAUCCUCCUCCACGGCAACCAUUGUUCCUGCCAUUAUGGGAGUAGGCGGCCUACCUGCACUUGCUUUCUUCUUAUAUAAAGUAAGUAUGAAAUUAUAA